AGAGAUAGCUGCUACAUCAGAAGACAUUACUUUUCCACACAUGAUCAUGGCUUCUAUUAUUUUUGGUAGGAGUGCUUUCCUCACCUUUCUUCUCAUCUGUACCUUUCUUUCUGUUUCCACCAUUAAAGUGUGUGAGGCACAAGCCAAGCCUCCUACAGCGAAGGGGCUAUCAUAUACCUUCUAUGAUAAAAGCUGUCCUAAGCUUGAAUCUAUCAUCAGAAAAGAACUCAAAAAGAUCUUCAAGAAUGACAUUGGUCAAGCUGCUGGCUUGCUUCGCCUUCACUUCCAUGACUGCUUUGUUCAGGGUUGCGAUGGGUCAGUUUUAUUGGAUGGAUCAGCAAGUGGGCCAAGUGAGAAAGAUGCACCACCCAACUUGACUUUGAGAGCUGAGGCCUUUAAAAUCAUCGAGGACCUUCGUAGUCUUCUGGAGAAGAGCUGUGGAAGAGUCGUCUCCUGUUCCGACAUCACUGCCCUCGCCGCGCGUGAUGCUGUUUUCCUCUCAGGAGGACCAGAGUACGAGAUUCCAUUGGGAAGAAGAGAUGGAUUAACCUUUGCCACAAGAAACGAUACACUGGCGAAUCUUCCACCACCCUCAAGCAACGCCACUACGAUCCUAGACUCGUUGGCUACAAAAAACCUAGACCCCACCGACGUGGUAGCCCUCUCAGGUGGGCACACCAUAGGCAUCAGCCACUGCAACUCCUUCUCCGACAGGCUAUUCCCCACCCAGGACCCAGUUAUGGACAAAACAUUCGGGAAAAACCUAAGACUCACGUGCCCCACCAACACCACCGUCAACACCACUGUCUUGGACAUUCGAUCCCCCAACACCUUCGACAACAAGUACUACGUUGACCUCAUGAACCGCCAGGGCCUCUUCAACUCCGACCAAGACUUGUACACUGAUAAGAGGACCAAAGGCAUUGUCACAAGCUUUGCCGUCAACCAGAGUCUGUUCUAUGAGAAGUUUGUGUUUGCUAUGCUCAAGAUGGGUCAGCUUAGCGUGUUGACGGGAACACAAGGGGAGAUUCGUGCCAAUUGCUCCGUUAGGAACACCGAUACCAAGUCCUUCUUGACCACUAUCGUGGGUGAUGUCGUGGAACAGAUAAUAGAAAUGUAACCGGGUCGUAUGUGUGUGUGCAUAUUCUGUGUGUUGUGGCCAUGAAUAAUAUUGGUAAACCCUUGCUUCUUGUUUAAUUUCGAGGGUUUUCGGAAGGAUGAUAAUUAAGGAAUCAUUGUCUAAUGUUCCUAGCUAGACGUUGUACUUCACUAAUAAUGGAAGGAGCUUAAUUACUGUCACAGUUUGGACUUUGGAAAAAUUAAAAAGCUAGCUGCUUCUGCUUGUAUUCUAUAUAAAUUUUUGUUAAAUAUG